AGCUGCAAAGAAAACCGAGUCGCCUGAUUUCUCUUUCUCUCUCUCUCUCUCUCAAUUUUGGAGCCAUCCUCCGGAUGAUAGGGCCAUCGAAUCGUCCCGAUCUCUCACUCCCAAAACUUGGAUUAGGAAAGGAAAGCUCAGCUCCUGCCCUCUCAGUUAGUGGUGCGAAUUCAAAGUAGAGCAGAUGAAUGCCUCGGUAGAAAAAGAAUUAGAUUCAACCGUGUGGUUGCUGAGAAACCGCCAACUCCACCCAUGGCCUCCUCCACCCCUUGCUCUGCUCCCCCCUCCUCCGCUACCUUUCUUCUUCUUCUUCCUCCGAGAAAACGGCGACUAUCUUCUGUUUCAGCGCGCGUUCUUAUUCCUUAAGUCGCGUCCGCGGGUUCAGCCUUCGGCCAUUAAGGCAUUCUUCCACACUUCUCGGGGAAACGUUUCGAGGGUUGUCCCGAAGCGGCAUCAGCAGAGGGAUGGUGCGGGCUGCUGCGGCUCUUCCCGGCGCCCUGCUCUUUGAUUGCGAUGGUGUUUUAGUCGAUACGGAGAAGGAUGGCCAUCGGAUUUCCUUUAACGAUACGUUUUCGGAGAAGGAAUUGGGUGUUACGUGGGAUGUUGAAUUGUAUGGAGAAUUGCUCAAGAUUGGUGGAGGGAAGGAGAGAAUGACGGCGUAUUUUAACAAGACGGGGUGGCCAGAGAAAGCUCCGAAGUCGGAAGAAGAAAGGAAGGAGUUCAUAGCCUCACUGCAUAAACGGAAGACCGAAUUAUUCAUGGCUCUUAUUGAGAAGCGACUGCUACCUCUCAGACCCGGAGUAGCAAGGUUGAUUGAUGAAGCUCUGGGAAAGGGUGUUCAAGUUGCUGUGUGCAGCACUUCAAAUGAAAAGGCGGUGGGCAUCUCAAUAUGCAAAUUGGUAUCUGCUAUAGUUUCAUUCUUGUUGGGUGAAAAGAGAGCAGAGAAGAUUAAAAUAUUUGCAGGAGAUGUGGUUCCUCGCAAAAAGCCUGAUCCUGCCAUUUACCUCUUGGCAGCAACUACACUUGGCGUUGAACCAUCAAGUUGUGUGGUGGUAGAGGAUAGUGCAAUUGGUCUUGCAGCAGCCAAGGCUGCUGGAAUGAAGUGUAUAGUAACAAAAAGCGGUUACACAUCCGAAGAAGAUUUCCUAAAUGCAGAUGCAGUUUUUGACUGCAUAGGGGAUCCUCCAGAGGAACGCUUUGAUCUCUCUUUUUGUGCAAAUCUUCUGGAAAAGCAAUAUGUCAGCUAGGGGAGCGAGUAUUAUUGUGUACGUUAUUGUAUUUUCAAUUCAUGGUGCUGAUUCUUUGCACAAUAAAGUAGAGAUGGUGUAACACAUGGAACAAAAUACAUUGAAGAAGGGUAAUAAAUGGGUUGGUGGAAGUCAUAAUUCUUU